GAAAGGGCCCAACAAUAUUUGAUCAGAUUUAAAUGACGCGUACUCGUCAAAAAUCAGUUCGUAUCUGUCGACCACGGUUUGUGUCACGUGCAACGCUCGUUCUACUAAUUUAGUUUUAAAAUCGAAUUUUUCUAGGUAAUGGCGCAGUAUACGACAAGAAUAUUAUUCGUUCUCUUAUCGGUGAUAAUUAACGAGACAUCGUUUGCCAGAAUUUGCAAUUCAUCCGGGGAAAAUUGGCAAUCCCGGAUUGGUUUACUCGUUUCGCCGAUAAUUUCGAGAUCAAAGAUUCGAGAGAUAGAGAUUUACUGGAAUAACGUUAAUAUCGAGCCCGGAGACAAAAUCUCGCUAUUCGAGGAAAGCUCUUCGGGAGAUCAACGUGAAAUUUACACCGUUGUUCCGAAUAGUCUCAGUGGUGUCGAGAAGACCGGAGUACUAGCUGAAUUCAUACCUAGUUCGAACCUUUCUUUCGUGAAAAGGUGUACAAGGUACAGUAUAAGAUGGCGGGCAGAUAAAGAAAUAAAAGAUACAAAGUGUCUGGGAACUCAGCCGACAUGGAUGAAAGAAAGGAAAGAUAUUCUGGGCCCUUUAAAAAUGAAACAGAUAUUUCUGCCUGGAACUCACGAUUCCGCGUCGUACAAUGAGAACGACGACAGAGCAAGCAUCGUUUCAGACUUUGCUGUGACUCAGGAUUUAGAUAUCCUCGGGCAAUUAAUACACGGUGUACGGUACUUAGACAUCAGAGUGGGACGUUAUCACGAGACCAACGAGAUUUGGUGGACCAAUCAUGGACCAUUUUAUCGAUCAGUCUCGUUAAAAACUGUCAUAGACCAAGUGAAAAAGUUCCUCGACAAUACCGAAGAAAUCGUGAUAAUAGAUAUCCGUGAAUUUCCUGUUGGUUUCAAUAACAUAUCAGAUCACCACGCAUUGGCCACGUAUCUGGAAGAUGAAUUUCGGGAUUAUUAUUUGCCCAAUAAUUAUGGAUGGGGCACCACGUUGAACGAGAUCUGGUCUUCUGGAAAACGAUUGAUAAUCGGUUAUGAAAACAUGAGAAUCGUGAACAGUCACUCUAGCAUGUGGCCUUAUGUGUUGCACCAGUGGGGAAACGUUCAAAGCACCGAGCAAUUGUUCCGAUAUUUGGAUAAAAUUGAGACCAGUGAUAGGAAUAGCGCAACAAGACCUCGAUCGGCUAUGGCAGAGAUGACCGCGGAUCUUACGUAUAUUCUUUUCAAUGGAUUGACAAGUCUACGAGAUAUGGCGCACAAAGUUAAUUUAAAUGUAACUAAUUGGUAUAGCACCGUUUGGCAAUACUCGGCCAAUAUCGUAGCAGUGGAUUUUUUAAGAAGCACAGAUAUUGUCGAAAUUGCCAUUGAGUCUAAUGAAAAUCGUCAUUUACAUUAUUUCGACAAGCGAUUUGUGGUUACGAGAACAUAA